GAUAACUUGAUCGACGCGCGCGCAGCUUGAAUUUUCCUAAGUGAAGUGAACUGAAUAUUUGUUUUACGGUGUUGUGAUUUUAAAAAACUCUCAGAAUGUUUUCAUCAAGAAUAUACACAUCAAUACAAAUCAUCAUCAUAUUGAUGAUUACUCAACAACUCAGAUGCACAGAAGAAGGGUUACUUACGAUACGUAAAAGAUGGCUGUUUCAUAAAAGGUGAAGCUCUAAAUUGCGUCAAAUAUAAAGCUUUGAAAAUAGCCCAGAAAACGCUGUUCGGUGAUAAUAUGGCAUCAAAUGAAACGAUUAAAGCUAAUCACAUGAUUAGUUUUGUACCUUUAGAUUCGGAGACAAUAGAAAAAUUAAGUGUGAAUGAGAAAAAAGAUUCAGUUGUAAUGGAACCUAAAAGUUUUAUCUCCGAAUGGUCUGAACUGGCCAAGUAUUUUAUGAAGUUAUUAAAAGAUUUCUUUAAAGUGAAAGGUUUGAAAGUAAAUCUACCAGAUGGAGCGCGGACUGUUGAAGAAGAAGAAGAAGUCGAUGAUGGCCGUGGUAGAAGAAAGAAGUUGGCCAUCGUGGUCCCGCUUCUCACUCUUCUAGCAGCGCUCAAGGCGAAGUUGCUACUCAUACCGAUUCUUCUGUCAGUAUUCUUCAUAAAGAAGCUGUUGCUGGUCGCAGCACUGUUGGUGCCGAGUUUGUUGAAUACUCUGAAAGCUUGUAAGCAUCAUUAUCCGAUGUCGCACUACUCCUAUUUCGGCAGCAGUGACAACUCCGACUUCAGUUCUGAUUACGGGAACAGUUACGCUUAUUCCUCCGGUGGCGGUUACGGCAAGGACUGGGCUUCGAAUAGGGCGUAUCAUCCUAAACACAGACCUUCGCCAGCACCUAUGUACAUCACUGCGCCGGGAGCAGCUGCAUAGUUUCGUCCAUUAGGUUUAUAUACUACUAGUGACCCGCCCCGGCUUCGCACGGAUGCACACUACAUCUCAUCACAUUAGAAAUCUCUAAAAUUAUCAGUAUUUUAUAUUAUACAUAUAAACCUUCCUCUUGAAUCACUCUAUUUAUUAAAAAAAAAAAACCGCUUUAAAAUCCGUAGCGUAGUUUUGAAGAUUUAAGCAUAUAUAGGGAAGGACAGAUAGCGACAGCGACUUUAUUUUAUAUUAUGUAUACUAUUAUUACUUUUUGUUCAUCUAAAAAUCAUACAUCUAGAUGAAGUAUUGAGUAUAAAAUAAUGUCCCAAAAAAAGGUUAACCUGUUGACAAGUUCUACCGCCGUUUUUACAUAUAGGAUGUUUAAAUAUUAAAUCUAUAAUAAAAAUCUAUAAUUUAAUAAGAUAAUUUAAUAAAUUGUACAAAAAACUGGUUUUACAAUAUUGAUAAAAUAGUAAAUUGAUAUUAUAUCAGUUAAAAGUCAUCAG